AUGUCAUUGGCGCCUGGCCCUUCUGUAGGGCAUGGGGUUAGUGGGUCGGAGCUGCGGGGCGGUGUGAACUUGGAACCGGUUCCCAAUGAGAUGAAGCUGGCCGUGGACAAGCUCAAAAGCGUCAAUUUGGAUAGGUACCGAACUUCACGCAGACAGGUUCACAUCUACAAAGCCGCUGCAAAGCUUUGGGCAGCCGGCAUGGACUUCUCCGAUGCCCUGUCUGUAGUUCAGGAAGCGUUUGAUGCU